GGUACACACACACACAGCGGGGAAAGGGCGCCGGGCUGCGGCCGCAGCGACCGGUCCUCCCUGCCGCCCCGCCACGCCCUAGCCCCCUCACCCGCACCCGGAACCUUGAGCCCGCGGAACCUCAGUGCCCGAGCGGCAGCACGGCGAACCCGGAGGGAGAUGGAGCGAGCGCGCGGGCCGCGGGCCGAGGCCGGCUCGCCUGACGAGGUGGAGGCGACCGCGGGGACGGCCAUGGCGGCUGUGGCGGCGGCGGCAGCGGGCGGCGCGGGUCCGGCCGUCCUGCAGGUGGCCGGCCUCUACCGGGGCCUGUGCACGGUGCGUAGCCGUGCCCUGGGCCCGGGGCUCGUGUCAGCAGCACAGCUGCGCGUGUUCCCGGUGCGCAGCGGCUCCGGCCGACCCGCGGGGGGAGCCAAUGACAGCGGGGUCGGGGCCGAGCUGGAGGCCAACCCCUACUACGACCGCUAUCGGGACAAAAUUCAGCGGCUGCGCAGGACUGAUCCGGCUGCCUUUGAGUCCCGCCUGGAGAAACGCAGCGAGUUUCGGAAGCAGCCAGUGGGGCACUCCAGGCAAGGUGAUUUUAUCAAAAGUGUGGAAGAGAAGACAAACACCUUGGGGAAACAGCCUAUGAGUAGAGGAUUUACUAAAGACAAGACUCUCAGUUCAAUCUUUAACAUUGAGAUGGUUAAAGAAAAAACCGCAGAAGAAAUAAAACAGAUUUGGCAACAGUAUUUUGCAGCAAAAGAUACAGUUUUCGCAGUUAUUCCUAAAGAGAAAUUUGACUUGAUCUGGAACCGGGCCCAAUCCUGUCCAACAUUUCUGUGUGCACUGCCAAGGAGGGAAGGUUAUGAGUUCUUUGUAGGACAGUGGACAGGCACUGAACUCCACUUUACUGCACUUAUAAAUAUUCAGACCCGAGGGGAUGCUGCAGCCAGCCAGCUGAUUCUAUAUCACUAUCCUGAGCUUAAGGAAGAAAAGGGCAUUGUGCUGAUGACAGCAGAAAUGGAUUCGACAUUUCUGAAUGUUGCUGAGGCACAGUGCAUUGCCAACCAAGUCCAGCUCUUCUAUGCCACUGAUCGAAAGGAGACCUUCGGGCUGGUGGAGACCUUUAACUUCAGACCAAAUGAGUUCAAAUACAUGUCUGUCAUCGCUGAGCUGGAGCAAAGUGGACUUGGAGCAGAACUGAAAUGUGCCCAGAACCAGAGUAAGACUUAGGACUGUAAGUGUUGGCCUCUUCCAGGGUCAGCUCAGCGCUGUAUAGUCCAGAGUCCGUCCACCCCCUUGAAUGCAGGAAGUCAGUGUCUCUGGUGACUUUCCCUGGGUGCUUGUUACCUCAAAUGAUCAUGGAGAUGAGCCCUAUUACCUGAAAUUCAGGAAUGAAAGUCCUCAAAUCUUCUGAGACUGCUUCUCAACAUAUUCCUGGUUUCCUUUCACGUGUUUGUGGUCCUGACGAGAGACUGAGAACCUGCAGGUUGAUUUUACACAGUGUAUCAGUGGACUUGCAUUCUGGUCAUGUUGUCCUCAUGGUUCCCAGAUGAUCACUUCUUUAUGAACUUUUGA